UUCCUCCUCUACUUGGAACUCUCCACUAACCUCUCCAUCCUCAUCUUUGCUCUCCCUGUGUAAACAUGGCGAGUCCCUCUCUACUCUUUCUUCUCCUCGCCACCACCAUCCCUUACACUUUGUCUAGCUCACCCCCCGUAGACUCCUUCAUCUUCGCCGGCUGCACCCAAGAGAAAUACUCGCCGGACUCCCCUUACUCCUCCAACCUCCAGGCCUUGCUCACCUCCCUCCUUAGCUCCGCCACCUACUCUUCCUACUCCAACUUUACCGUCCUCGGCUCCUCCGUCGUCUACGGCCUCUACCAAUGCCGCGGCGACCUCUCCAUGCCCGACUGCUCCUCCUGCGUCUCCCGCUCUCUCACCCGCGUCUCCGCCCUCUGCCCCUCCACAUGCGGCGCCGCCGUCCAGCUCGAGGGCUGCUUCGUCAAGUAUGAUAAUGCCACCUUCGUCGGCGUCGAGGACAAGACCGUCGUUUUCAAGAAAUGCGGACCUUCCGUGGGAAGCAGCGACAAUAUGGGGAGCACCGAAGCGGUGUUAUCUGGGUUGUCGGGUUCGGGCGGAUAUUUCAGGGUGGUCGGGUCGGGUAAAGUGAAGGGUGUGGGCCAGUGUACCGGCGAUCUCGGGUUCGAUCAGUGCCAGGACUGCCUCUCGGAGGCGAUCCGACGGCUCCGGAGCGACUGUGGAACUGCUAAUUAUGGGGACUUGUUCUUGGGCAAGUGUUAUGCGAGAUACUCUGUUGGUGGGGCCCACGCUUAUGAACCCAAGGCCCAUGGGAAAUCAAAGAAUGGAGGAGAAAAGACAUUUGUGAUUAUAAUUGGAUUAUUAGCAGGAAUAGCUGUCCUCGUUAUUUUCUUUGCUUUCUUAAAGACCACUUGUGCUGGUCGACAUGGUAAAUAAAUAAUAAAUAAUAACAAGAAAGAAAAGAAGUUUGUCAAGCUCAGUGGCGUGACACCUCCUGGACUGCUUUAUGGUGGCUUCUUUUGCUCUGCUUUUCUUUUUUUUUUUUUUUUUGCUGCCUCUAUUUCUUCAUAUCAUCGGCACUGCCUUUUUCAUUUUCCUUUUUAUUUAGUUAUUAUUUUUAUUAUUAUUUAUGUUUACACUUUUUUAUAUUUUACAAUUUAAAAUUUGAAUACGAAUUAAAGGGGGAAAAGGAAAAGAGGCUGCAAAAGCCAGCUGAUGAAAGAUUCUGUUUUUCCUUCCUCAGCUACUAUUUACUAAAGUUAUGUAGUUGUUUCAUCUCAUGCAUCGAAAAAGUUAAAAAGAAGAAGAAGAAGAAUUAUUAUAAUAAUUUUUUCUGAAGAAAAAAAAAAUAUUCCUCUCGAUGUAUCAUUAGUAUAUGCAUCCUUCAACUUUAGGGACAAAGCAUGGGUCCAUGAUGGAAUUUUCAUGUGAGAUACUCUCCUUGAUUUCUUGUAAGCUUGUGGCUUUAAUUUCCUUUUAUUUUUCUUG